CUUAGCUGCAAUUUUCUUAAAAAAAAUACGCCUGAAACAGCCAUUGGUGGCCGGACAGUGUUCUGAUUGAUACUUCGCAGAAAUAUUUGUGUUUAAUCUAGAAAGGGGCACUGGGAUUGAGGGGCAAUUGAUCCCUUUUGAAUCCGCCUCUGCGGCAAAAGAGGUUUGCAGCAAUGGCUUCCUCUUCUUUUGCAGCAGCUGUAGGAACAAGCGGCACCCCCCUGAACCCCUCAAACCUCAAGAAGUCCACUCCCAAUUUUUGCACUUCACUCCCACUUAUCCCCGCCUCUUUCAACCAAACCAUUCUCAGAACCGACACACCCAUCUCUUCCAUUCACCGUUCAAGCCCCAACUUCUCCCGGGCAACAUUCUCGCAGCCGGAACCAGAAACAGAAGAACUGGAUUCCGGAAGCAGGCCGGCGCCAUAUUCUGCCGCGCCGAUGGUGAUUCUCCCCCCUGUGAGGCGGCAAAGAAGGGCGUACAGAAAGCAAUACCCUGGUGAGGAGAAGGGCAUUGCGGAAGAGAUGAGGUUCGUCGCGAUGGGACUCCGCAACAAUGGCAGCCCAAAAAGUAAGCGGAGAGCUAAGAGUGGGAUAGAUUCGGAGGAUUGUGACGAGGAAGAAGAAGUCAUAGAGGCCAAUGAUAGUAGUGGAAGUGGGGAGUACUGGCAGCCUUCCAUGGAAGGAUUCCGAAGGUACCUUGUGGAUAGCAGGCUGGUUUUCAGCAUAAUCGAACGCACUGUUGAUGAAACCAGUGAUGUUUCUUAUGCUUACUUCAGAAAUACUGGAUUGGAAAGAGCAGAUUGUAUAUCGAGAGAUCUUGAGUGGCUAAGCGAACAAGGAAAUGAUUUUCCGGAACCUAGCAAUCCUGGUGUUGAUUACUCCAAUUAUCUUGAAGAACUUGGAGAGAAGAACCCCCCUUUGUUUCUAUGCCAUUUCUACAACAUAUACUUCUCCCAUAUUGCCGGAGGUCAAGUUAUAGCUAAAAAGGUUACAUCCUUCUGCUUCUUAUAGUCUGCUUAUUUUACUUCACUUGCAAGAUUCCCAAGCAUGGAGAUACUUUGUUUAUUAAUAAAAAACACAUCAUGCUUGGCGGAUCAUAUGAUCCAGUCCUAAAUUGUCAUUUGAGCUAGUUUGGUGGAGUAAAAUUUGGUUGAAAUAUUCUGAAAUUGCUGAAAAUAUGACCAAAAUGGUUUAAUUAUGAGAAUCAUCUCGAACUAUAAUAAAAUUUACUGCCUCUUUCCCAAAGUGAAGUUCCAUUUUGGUUUAUGGUGUUUAACUGCUGAUAAAGUUAACUCAUCCAAUGCUAAUUUGUUAAGUACUAUCAAUAAUUAAAAUGUACGAAUUGAGAAACUAGACGUUGUAAUGAAGCGCAAAUUCUGAAUUCAAAUAUGAUAAAAAUCUUAUUUGGAGUAUAGAGAACCAAAGACUGAGAGAGAGUUAAGUUGGCUGAGUAAUAAUGGAAGAGAACUUCAUUCUAGGAUGGGGCAAAUAUUGUGCAAAAGAGAUUUAACUAUUUAAGGUAAUAUUAUGCAAAAGAUUUCUCCUUAAAAGGACAUUUGGAUGAGUAGUCAAUCAAUGAUAUCAUAGUAAGAUUUGACGGUCAUUCUAAAGGUUUAACCUGCCAUAAGGAGUAGUUAAAAAUCUUAUAUAAGUUUCCAUUUAGCCGAUGUAAGAUCGUUUAUUUGACAAAGAGUAUCUUCUUUCAGGAAAACAACUUAAACAAGUAUUGAAUCAGCAGCUUCUUCAGCUUAUCUGCUUUGCUAUUUCACUAUUCACAAAGAUAUACUCCGGAUUAAGUUUGUGAGAAGUUGAUAAGAGGAGGAGGAGAAGGAAGGGCGUUAGAAAUGUACAGAUGGAACGGAAAUGAAGAAAAAUUGCUGCAAGGAGUGAGGGAGAAGCUCAACAUGCUGAGUCAGCAUUGGCCUAGAAACCAUAAGAACAGAUGUUUGCAAGAUAUGCGCAAGUCUUUCCGAUUUCUGGACAAGAUUGUCCGGUUAAUCGUUUUGUAAAUAACUUGGAGCCUUGGUUCUUGUCUCUUGUUCAUAUCAAUUAAUUAUUAUUCAGCAUUAUUAUAAACAUUAUUAUUAAAGUUGCCCUUUUAGUACUGGAAAACGAGUGUACAGCAGCAGUUGGUUCAAGCUUGUUGAUUAACUUGUACA